AUGCUCACAGAACCAAGGAAACGCCACAAUGGUCAACUACAAGCUUGUGAGCCAUGUCGCAAGGCCAAAAUCCGCUGCGACCAUGAAAAUCCAGCCUGCUCACGCUGCGUUCGACGUGGUCUGAAUUGCGUCUACCACCCGGCUCCUAUGACCAAACGCCGCGUGCCAAGCUCUCAUACAGCUACACGCUUCGACUUGACUCCGCCUGGAGGCCCAAUGACCACCCCAGUUGUUAAUAGCGAGUUCCAUAUCCCCAUUGCAACUCACGACAGCUCUAGAACUCCUGCUGUUCCGGCAGAACCUGGUUCUGUUGCAAGCUCAAGGAUGACAACCUGUUCCAAUCGGAAUGCGUCAGCCCGAGAAGAAUUAGGAGAACACGAGACAACUCGGUUCUCUGCCGUUUUUCUCGAGAACAUGAAUAGCUUAGGUCCAGUAGUACUUGAAACAACGAAAUUUAGCCACGCACUGGACCGAGAGCCUGGGGUGGCAACCUCAACUCACCUGGAGUUGGCUGUUAGAACACUUCUCAACUUUCCUACCGCUCGUACAUGUGAUAUAUUGAUGGAGGGAAUUGAUCAGGUCUACGACGUCUGGCUGUCUCCAACCCAUAUUCGACAUUGCCUCAAUCAAGUGUGGACAGAAUACGGUGCUGAGUUGGGAGAGCAUCGGACUCGGGAGUCUGUAUUGAAAAUGGCCAAUGACCUCUUCCUCAAUCAUACAAAGCCUCAAUCAACGCCCCAAUGUGACAUCGACUGUGAAUAUGACCGAGUCGAGUGGGCGAAUUGGUUUGGAGGGCCUGACCUGCGAUGGGAAAUGCUUGGCAUCCUUUUCAGCUGGUUUGGGAUUGCAUUUAGAUGCAAACAAGAGUGGGACCCUGUUUUUGACCUGGCUGAGCAGCACGGUCGAAAUCGGAACACGGCAGCAGACAGAAUGAGAGAAUGUGCUGCUGCAUGUAUGAGAAUGUGUGAGGAGAAUUUCGAAACAAGUGAUAUCAUGGUGAUUUGCAUGAAGAAUAGCAGCAGGUUGCAAAGCAUCAUCAUCAGUGAUGAGAGUGAUCGUGUACAGGUCGAUUAUGGAACUGUCCGGAGCGCAUUCAUCUCCGCAGGAUUGCAUCGCCUUGGGACCCUCGAGGAACUGACACCCUUUUCUCAGCAUCGGGCAUUGCUUGCCUCAUCGAUGUACUAUCAGGACAAGUGUCAUAGUUUGUUUAAUGCGCGACCACCGAUGUUGAACGAUCGCUACUGUCAAUGUCCACUUCCACUUGAUCUUUGCGAGGCAGAUGUCUACGGUGGACGAGAUAGACUCGCAGCAGCGCUUGCGAGACUUGACCCCAACGGUUGGAAUUCAGAUGGUCGAAUUCUCACGUCGACAUGGCUUCGAGCACUCGCGAUGUUGAGUCCGAUCCGCGAGAGCAUGUUACAACUUUCUCUGAGUGUGAACCUAACAUUCACAAAAUCACAAAUAGAGGCGCUCAUUUCCCAGUUAGAGAACACAGUCGAGUCAUACCCCCCACAUAUUCAGUAUUACAGCAACAUUGCACAGCCAUCAAAGUCAAAUUCUUCCAUCCAUGGACAGAGCGCUCACGAUAGGUACAUCGUAACAAGGAUACACCUGGACGUAUUACAAUGCAAGUUCCUUCUACAACGUCUGAUUGUUUCACGGGGCCUCGGUGGUGGCCAAGACUUGUUUGAUAUUGCCCAGGAAACAAUUUCUGUCAUUGUGUCCCUGUGGCUUAAUCGCGAUCAAAUUCAAAGCUUCCACCACGCCUUUGACUGGAUUGCCGUAUCAUAUGGGAUGCCUUGUGCGGGAAUUCUUUGCGUCGAGCUUCUCCGGGUGAGUGAUUUGGCGCCUAGGACUUCAAGAAAUCAGUCUUCAGCUACCGCUCAUGAUGUUGUCCAGCUGUCCCGGUCGGAAGUCGUUCAAAGCCUCAUUAUGUUCAAAGCUUUACUGGAUUGGAUACGACCAACGGAUAAUAAUUCAAAGCUCAGCAGAAAGUUCAAAAACGUUCUCCAGAGAAUUAUCGACACCGUAUUUGAUGCUAUGGAAUCAUUGCCGGGCGUGCAGCUUCAACAAGCACCGAACGAGAACCACUUCCGAAAGGAUUACGGGGCGCAAGAGCAUACGUCUGCAGAACAAAAUAUGUCCCAUGUGACGGAUGUUCAGCAGCAUCUUGAUCCUGAGCUCACCACCAUGAACGAUAUGGAUUGGCUGAACACUGUGGAUUGGACGCAAGGAGAUUGGCUUGAACAAAACAACCCGCCCUUUCUCUAUUAG